GUGCUGAAGGAAGGCAUGCGCAAGAGCCAGUACGACUGCGUCAACGAGGCAAGUCCGCAUUCUAACUCGGCCCUGGCCCACGAGAGCUCGACACCAAACCGAACGCUCUCGGGCUUCGAGCCGGGCGACUUCUGCCACCACGACAGCAAGGCGGUCUCGGCGACCAGCGACGCGAAUCUCGGGAGCCCAGAUUCGAUCGAAUCUCAGAUUCGCCUGAGGUUUCACGCUAAAGAGGUUAUCGCCCAGGCGGUCAUCGAGCAUCGCAUUGCCGAGGCAGCCAACAUUAAGCCCCAGCUGCAUUCGCCGGAGACGCUCAAGCAGAUCGAGAAGCCAAAGACCAAG